ACGGAGCUUGACCCAUCAUUGUCUGUGUGGCGACAGUGGCGGAUAUGCUCACAUGACCUAUUCGAUUCGGGAACGUCACAGAGCGCAGGAACAGUGCGAGCAACAGCGCCUAGGUCCGGUUUCUCAGAUCGAGACUUCUUCCUCACACCUCGCGUCCUGGAGUGCACUAUGACCCAAUCCCAGAGUCUGCUCUCUUCUUUUAUUAUUGAUCCUGUGGUCCGCCAUGCACGUCGUUUCUCAGGUCAACCGCCUCCCGAAGCGAGCCAUGACGGAGCCCAACUUCUAACAUGUGACAAUGCCGACUCGGUGGCCAUCGUCCGACCAAACGACCCACCUCGCGGUGCGGAUGCGAACAACUCCACUCCAGGAAAUGAAGAACUUUCUCAAACGACUUCAGGCAGACCUACUGCUCUAAUCGACCGAUUUCGACCGCCCUCAUCCACUCAGCGGCCGCGCAGUGCUGUUGUCGACCAUGACGAUUCGACGAUUCAAUCGACAACAGCACCAGUAAAUAUCCCGACGGAAAUGUCCUCCAACCCUUCUCGUAUACUUGCGGACCAGUUUCGUCGACUCAACAUCGACUCGCCCGUCUCAAGUGCACCUGCUACACCUUCGAUACCAAGCACAAGGCCAAUUGCGCGCCAGCAUGCCAGCGCCAUGUCGGAAUCGCUGCCUGCAGACGAUGGCAUGGCCCAUCUACGAAUGCGCAUACACCAAAUUAGGGACCUGAAGAUUACAGAUCAGGAGCGCGCGCGGAUGAUCCACGGCAUAAUGACAGAGAAGUACAACAUCAUGAGACCAACGUCGCCGAGCAGCUUUGUCUCCCACGACCGUCCUUAUACACCCACCUCCGGUCAAUCGAUCUUCUCAGAUUUACAAGCGUCGUCGCCAUACUCCUCUGCGUCCGAUAUCGACCCCGAGAACCCAUACAACUUGCGGGAGGGUGACACCACUUCGACCUAUCGACCCAAUAACCAGCAUAGUAGCGCGGACAAUGGCGAAGAAGAGGAGGAUGAAGUCGCUGAAGGAGAGCUGACUCUUGGAUGCCAACACUACAAACGAAAUGUGAAGGUGCAAUGUUUCCAAUGCCGGCGGUGGUAUACGUGCCGGCAUUGUCACGAUGCGGUCGAAGACCAUAAUCUAAACAGGAUCAUGACGCAGAACAUGCUUUGCAUGUCAUGUGGAACGCCUCAGAGAGCGGCUGAGCAAUGCAAAGAGUGUGAAACACAGGCGGCAUGCUACUACUGCGACAUUUGCAAGCUGUGGGACAACAACAGCAAGAAGAAGAUCUACCAUUGCCCCGACUGCGGAAUUUGCAGAAGGGGUGAGGGUUUGGGGAAAGACUUCUACCACUGCAAGAAUUGCAAUGUUUGCAUAUCCAUAUCUCACGCGACAUCUCACAAGUGUCUUCCACGUGCCACCGACUCAAAUUGCCCUAUCUGCGGCGACUACUUGUUCACAUCGUCUACCGCUGUAGUAUCCAUGCCUUGUGGACAUUACUUACACAAGGGAUGCUACAACCUAUACAUGGAGACUGCCUACAAAUGUCCGAUAUGCAAAAAGAGUGCUGUAUGCAUGGAUCUACAGUGGCAGAAGUUGACUCAAGCAAUCGAGAGUCAGCCAAUGCCAGAUCAGUUUUCGAACACCCGAGCAAUCGUCCAAUGCAAUGAUUGCUCUGCAAAGUCUUCGGUCAAAUACCACUGGCUUGGGAAUCAGUGUGGCUCGUGUGAUUCAUACAACACAAACGAGCUCCGCAUCCUUAAUGGCCCGGAGAGCGAAGAGACUGCCAAUGCAAUUUUGAACGCCGACGCCAUUUUGGAUGCCGACACGAAUGUCGGAUUAGGAUCGCCUGUUAGUGUCGGCUCUCCCGCCUCGCAAACACCACUUCGCUCGCCUAGAUACUACUUCCAGCCAGAUGAGCCAGAAGAGACAUGGCUACCGGGACAGCUCCCGUCAUUUCCUUUCCAGAUGCCGCAAUUUCCUGCAAGACCACGGAUGCCCCAAAUGCCUUCGAUGCCCCAGAUGCCGCAGUUUCCGACCUUACCACAGUUUCCGCCGCUACCGAACUUUCCACAGAUACCACAAUUCCCGCAAAUGCCUCAGAUGCCAGAUGCUGCACAGCAAAUGCUGGAGCGGGUUCGGAGAUCGUUUGAUGCGUACCUCAACCCGACUGGCGAUGUUCGAGCUGAAGACGUUCCAUUCAUCGAUCUUGGGGGCGAUGAUCGUCGCGAGCGCCAGGCAACAGACGGUACCACCGUCAAGGAACCAUCUCUACCACAGUAUGUUCUAGAGCGCUUUACUCAGUCGCUGGCUCGUUUUCGUAACGACCUGAAUCCUGCCUUAGCAGAAGAAAUUCCGGCGCUGGAUCUCGCAGUAGAUCACGACCCGGAAGGACUGCAGUUCUGGGGCGAAGAUGGCGGAAGACUGGAUCGCUUGGUAUCUGUUGGCGAUGACGAUGAUGAUGACGACGACGAAGAAGAAGAUAGCAGCAGUGAUGAAAGUGAGCACGAGGAGGAAGAUGAUGAUGACGAUGACGAAGCAGAUGUAGGAAAGCGCGGCAAAGAGUUCGACUUACCUGGACAUCGUUGACCUAUUAGCGUGGCGUUUUCCUUCAAGUAAAUGAGGCCUAUCGUAAAGGAGAACCGCACGUCGUUUUGAGUCUAUUGCACAACCCAGAGGAUAACUAAAAAAGCAUCAAUAGAGAGAAAAAGAUACCCCAAAGAAUCAAUCAAAGACACAUUCAACAUUCAUGCCAUUAUGUUCCCUCUCGAGAUUUGUUUACUAGCUCCCAUUUCGCUAGAAGCAACUUGCACAGGGGUAAGCAAAGAUGUCAACUCUUAGAUUUGCCAGAGAGAGCGAGAGAGGUGACUAGUAUUGUACUCGUGCUUUAAUUACUUGACUGCGAAGAUUCGAGUAGUUGGAUGG